UCCUUGAAAUACAGCUGGCCAACCUAUAAAGCAGGUCCCAUUCCACUCCACAGUACAGAGCAACUUUGGACUUCCACGCCUUCGCUCCUUCUUGCAGAAAUGGGAACUUGCACGGCUCUCUGUGCCUUCCUUCUGAUUGCCUUCAUCCAUGGUACCUGUUCCCAAACAUGCCUUUGUGCCCGUGGCUUUUGUGAGACGGGCUGGGUGCAGUAUCAAAACGCUUGCUAUAAAGCUGUGACAGAACCAAUGACCUGGACCGAUGCAGAGAUGGCUUGCAAGAGAUAUGACAGGAACUCUCACCUAGCCUCCAUCCACAGCCCAGAAGAGAAUGACUUCAUUUUUCACCUGAUGGGCAAGCCACUGGAUCACACCAAAGGAAAGGCCUACUGGAUUGGUGCUCAUGACACUUUCAAGGAAGGAGACUUUGUCUGGACAGAUGGUUCCAAAUUUGAUUACCGGACGUUUCCUCCUUCACAGCCUGAUGGACUGGCAGGCGAACACUACUUGGGAUCUUGGGUUUUGCAAAAUGGAUUUGUGACCUGGAAUGACUUUGCUGUUUCCUGGAAAUUCUUGUCUGUUUGCAAAUACUCCUUGGGAAGUAGAUGUUCUUCUUCCCUAAGCCAUGGGUGCUGUGCAUAGGAAGGAUUCGGAAGCGCAAGCUGAUGUGAAAUUGCUGGUGUGAAAAAAUGCAGAAGGCAGAAUCCUGGGAUGUUUCUUCUUCCUGUGGCAACCUUUAACUUGCUUCUUUGUUUCUUUGAUGAGCAUUGCAGCGUUAUGCAGCGUCAUUUCGAGAUCAGAGCCCUGGCCAGGGACUUCCCUACAACAGGGAGAAAUUGAGUUGUAAUAAUUGGAGACCUCUAAGAAGAAGAAAAGGUUGAGAUCCAAAUGAGCUUUUCCAUUUGAGCUGUGAUCAGGUACCUGUCAGUGUCCACAUUUUGCUGGACUCAAAACUCCUAUCAUCCUUGAUGCCUGCUGACUGAGUCAGAUGGGAGCUAAGAGUCCAGUAGAAUUUGGCCAGCUACAGGUUGCCCAUUGCUGUAGUAGCAGGAUCCUCAGUGUUAACAUAGCACAACUGUGGGCGAUUUGGGUCAGUAGAAGUGUUGCACCCUGUUGACCCUGUCACAUACUGUUUUGUUUCUGCUAGUCCAAGAACAAUCGGAAAGCACCAAAUUUCUUUGUUUACUUUCUGUCUUUUCCUCUUGCCAUUUUGAAAUGUUCAUCUUUCAUCCAUGUGCUCCCACCAAAACUCAACACUGUAUAAUGCCUAUUCAUUAAAGACCAACUCUUUUUAGCACUGCUUUCUCUGAAAAGU